GCAUCACGUGCCCGGCGGGAAGCUGGAAGCGGCCGGCGCGGCAUGGGCGAGUCGAUCCCGCUGGGCGCCCCGGUGCCGCUGGAGCAGGCCGUGCUGGAGACGUUCUUCUCCCACCUGGGCAUCUUCUCGUACGACAAGGCCAAGGACAAUGUGGAGAAGGAGCGGGAGGCCAACAAGAGCGCGGGAGCCAGCUGGCUCUCCCUGCUGGCCGGGCUGGCGCACCUGGCCGCCGCCGAGAAGGCCUAUCACAGCAUGACCUUCCUGGGCCAGAAGCUAGGUGGUCAGUCAUUCUUCAGCCGAAAGGACUCCAUCCGAACCAUCUACACAUCUCUGCACAAUGAGCUGAAGAAGGUGGUGGCGACGGGUCGCAAUGCACUAGGAGGAACAGCUCCUCACUUGGAAGAGCUGCUUUCUCACCUGUCUGAACAGCUCUGUUUUUUUGUUCAGGCUCGGAUGGAAAUUGCUGACUUCUAUGAAAAAAUGUUCACCCUCAGCACCCAAAAGUUCAUUAACUCUGAGGAACUCGUAAACAUUUUGGAAUCCAUCCUAAAGAAAUACAGCUCAAGAUUUCACCAUCCAAUCCUCAGUCCUCUUGAAAGCAGCUUCCAGCUGGAAGUGGAUGUGCUUGCACAUCUUUUAAAGGCCCAGGCUCAGAUCUCAGAGUGGAAGUUUCUCCCAUCCCUAGUCAACUUGCACAGUGCUCAUACAAAGCUGCAGACGUGGGGCCAAAUUUUUGAGAAACAGCGAGAGACCAAGAAACAUCUGUUUGGAGGGCAGUCUCAGAAGGCCGUACAACCACCACACCUUUUCCUCUGGUUGAUGAAACUCAAAAACAUUCUCCUUGCCAAGUUUAGCUUUUACUUUCAUGAGGCCCUCAGUCGACAAACAACUGCUUCCGAAAUGAAAACGUUGACUGCUAAAACUAACCCUGAUUAUUUUGGGAAAAUUUCCAGCUUCAUCAGGAAAUAUGACGCGGUUAAUGUUUCUCUUAUCUUUGACAACCGUGGGUCAGAGAGCUUCCAGGGACAUGGCUACCAUCAUCCCCACUCUUACAGGGAAGCCCCAAAGGGGGUGGAUCAAUACCCAGCUGUGGUCUCUCUGCCCAGUGACAGGCCUGUAAUGCACUGGCCCAAUGUAAUCAUGAUUAUGACUGACAGAACCGCUGACCUCAACAGUUUGGACAAGGUUGUUCACUUCUAUGAUGACAAAGUCCAAAGCACAUACUUUCUGACACGCCCUGAACCUCAUUUUACCAUUGUAGUUAUUUUUGAGGCUAAGAAAUCAGAGAGGGACUCACAUUUCAUCUCUUUUCUCAAUGAAAUCUCACAUUCCCUCAAGAACUCCAAAGCUUUUGCAGGCCUAAAGCCGGGAUCCAAAGGAUAAAAUAAAUAUUGAAUUGCAGAUUGCAAGGCCAUAUAUUAGACUGGAAAAAAUAAAUAUUCUUGCUUUCAAGGAAUACAUUGAUUCACAAUUCUCAGAGUUUAUUUAAAAAGGAACCGUUAUUUUAAUAUUUGUUGUGAAUGCUUUUUUAGCUAAUGAAAACACUUGAAUAAAAAUAUAGAAAGAAUUUUCUAGGCUGUGCACAUGGGAAUGACUUAGCUGUGGUGCACCAAAAUGGCUGAGGUAUUUUUUUUGCAUGGUGCUCUAUUCACAGUAUGAAUUAAUAUUUUUCAGUCCAUGACAUUUUGUCCUUAACUAAGUGGAAUUUAUGCACUUUAUAUUAUGCUGAUCAUUGACUAUAACUUAUGCAGAAUUUAUUGAAAACUUGGUUAGAAUGAUUAAAUUGUCUUUUCAGGACACACUGCUGUUACACUAACUAUCAGGAACUAUAAUGGAAUCUUAUUUCUUAACAAUGAUACUCAUUGGGGAUUAUUGGAAACUUGCAGAUCUUCAAGCAAACAACUGCAAUAAAGUCAAUACAUCAUAAAA